UUGGCAUAUUUGUCCAGUGCCACUGGCAAACCAGUGGAACGAGUUAUUCUUAAAAAUUAUAAAUGUUUAGGUGCGAUUCUAUCGAGAAUACGUUUGGAUUUUCGAAUAACACUCUCUCGAAAGAAGAAGAAGAUUUUCCUCUUGCAUUCGAUUUUAUACAUAUUGAGUGCCUUCUUUCAUCCGCAAAACAUUUAUUGCAUUGCUGUCGACAGUUCUAAAGAUAUUCAAUUAUUAACAACAUUGCAGAAACUAUCAAAAUGCUAUCCAAAUAUAAUCGUAACGGUUCAUUAUCAAUUUUCUGAUAAAAAGUUCUUAUCAAGUUGUAAUAAAUUCUGA